GGCAGCCCAGCUGCCCCCGGCCCGGCGAAGGGCUGGCUGAGCCUGGCUCCCAUCGGGCCUUGCCCCGCCGGCCCGGCCCCACGGGGGCGGGGAUUUGCUGACACCGCCCUCGGGCUGGAUGGCGGCGGCUGACCCGGGGCCGGCGUGACUGGAGCCAGCGGCGGCUGCGCCAUGGGGCCCCCCGCCGAGACCGACCUCUACCGCGACACGUGGGUGCGCUACCUGGGCUAUGCCAAUGAAGUUGGAGAGUCCUUCAGAGCCAUUGUGCCCAUCUCACUGGUCUGGGCGAGCUACGGGGUGGCGACCACAUACGUGAUGGCUGACGCGAUAGAUAAGGGAAAGAAGGCAGCUGUUGUCAGUGGAUUUCCUGAUGGAUUCCAGCCUCCGCAAACUCUAUGGUGCAGAAGAGAAACGUCCUUCUUCAUGAGGCAGCCCCCUUACACAGCUAAAGCAGGGGUGGGAGGGACACUCCUCUCACCCACCCAGCUCCACACCUCACAACUGACUACACUGUAUUUAGAGUCAUUUUCUGCUGUUAAGCCAACUUACUGUGACAUGGGGGCAGGAGAGCAAGUGGGCUGGGCAGCCCUGCCCCAGCACAGGCUCACCCCUGCUUCAGAGGCAUUAGCACUAGCCCUGAAUUGUCAGGAGCUGGUUGCCUAACCCAAAUGCUGGAGGCCCAGCUGCUUUGGCAGCAUGAGAUUUCAGGGUUGUUCUUGGUCCUUCGUGGCCACGGGGGAGAAGAGAGAGGAAAGGUGCAAUUGCUAUCAAAACCCAGUGGUGCCAGGGGAUAUUAAUACAGGCUUGGGCUGGCAUAUUCUGUAUCUUAGGAAGCCCCAGGACAGGUUAGGCCUGGCCUAUUGAGAGACCUGUAUUUACUGUGGGGGAAAAAAAGAAAACCAAACCCCUGUCCUGGGGGUUAAUUGCACUAACUCACAUUCCUCUAACUGGCUCCAGUUCCUGCUAUUGUGUAGUGGGAACCUGACUAGUCAAACUCUGCAAUUCCCUCUCCUCAGAAUAAACCGCUUCAACCUGAA